UUUGUCAAAUUUGUAAACGAAAACACUUCAUAAUGAAAUAAAAGUUAUUUAAAAAGAAUCUAACUAAGUUAUAAAAUAUUAAAAUCAUAUAAAAAUACAACUCGAAUAAAAAACUUAAAUUAUGACUGAAAUUCGAGUACGUCCAAAGCAAUUUCUGCUUACUUUAAUAUUAUUUGGUCUUCUGCUAUGGUACGUAGCAUCUCGAAACAAAUGUUCAUCAGACCUAGAAUAUAAUGAUUCGUUACCUUUAAUUUAUGCUGUAACACCAACUUAUGCAAGACCAACUCAAAAAGCUGAAUUAACUAGGUUAUCACAUUUAAUAACGCUCGUGCCAAAUAUUCAUUGGAUAUUAGUUGAAGAUGCAAAUCAACCAUCGAAAUUAGUACAAUCACUAUUAGAACUAUCAAAAUUAAUAACUAGAUCCACUUUAUUAAAUAUAAAAACACCUGAUGAAUAUAAAUUAAAUAAAAAAGAUCAAAACUGGAUGAAACCAAGAGGUGUUGAACAAAGAAAUUUAGCAAUACAAUGGAUUAGAGAAAAUUCAAAUAAAGAUAAACAUAGUAUAGUAUAUUUUAUGGAUGAUGAUAAUACAUAUUCAGUUGAGUUAUUUAGUGAAAUGAUGAAAAUUGAACCGGGUAAAGUUGGUGUUUGGCCUGUUGGACUAGUUGGUGGUUUAAUGGUUGAAAAACCAAUACUAAAUGAACAAAAUAUUGUUACCGGUUUUAAUUCUGUAUGGAGACCUGAAAGACCAUUUCCAAUUGAUAUGGCUGGCUUUGCAAUCAGUACAAACUUAUUAAUAAAAUAUCCAAAAGCAUCUUUUAGUUUUGAAGUAGAUAGAGGUUUUCAAGAAAGUGAAAUUUUACGAUUUGUAACACUUAAAAAUGAACUCCAACCAUUGGCAAAUUUAUGUCAAGAUGUUUUAGUUUGGCAUACAAGAACUGAAAAGCCUAAAUUAGUUGGCGAAGAUAAAUUAUUAAAAGAAAAGAAAAAACCAUCUAAUGAUGGAAUGGAAGUUUAGAAAUUAGAUUUUUUUUAAUAAUCCGAAGUGCGUUAACAUUAAAAAUUAAGAAAUUUUUAAAUUUUAUAAAUAUAUUUAUUGGAAUCUGAAAAUAUUUUUGGUGAAUGCAGCAUAUUUCAAAUAUUAUUGCAGUAUAUAUUUUUUAAAAUAUUGUCUGUUCUUUCAAUAUAGAAUCAAUUAACCAGAACAAAUAGUUUAAUAUUAAAUAAGUAUUAAAAGUUAUAUAAAUUUAAUUAAAAUUAAAUCCUACUCCUAUUAGUUUUUUAAAAACAAGGCAAAUUCAUUAUCUCAAUUAAAUAAAAUAAUAGAAUUAUGAUUUUGAAUAUACUCGUAAUGUAAUUAGUUAACAAUAUUU